AUUCGUUUUAAUGUAAAAAGAGCCUUCUAUCACUAUGGAAGUCCCUCUGCCUUUUGCGAAUCCUUUGCCCGCGAUUGCAGUACUUUUUAUUACCGCAGCUAUCGCCCAGAACAGUCCGAUUGUGGUGAACAUCCAGAAUGGGCCAAUCGUUGGUGAAAAGCGUGAAGAAUAUUACGCGUUCGAGGGCAUUCCGUAUGCGAAACCACCGGUGGGUAUGUUACGUUUUGCACCGUCGGAGCUGAACGAUGAUCGAUGGACCGAACCGCGCCAUGCGACACAACCGGGAUCCAAAUGUCUCCAGUGGACUCAUUUCAAUAAGACCCAAGAAAAGUUGGUAGGCGCAGAGGAUUGUCUCUAUCUGAACGUGUACACAAGAUCAAUCGAUCCUUCAGCCCGGUUACCUACGAUCGCAUUCAUCCAUGGUGGAGGAUUCACGUUUGGUACGAGUAGUAAGUAUAGACCGGACCACAUCCUCCACCAGAGAGUAGUUUUGGUUACCUUUAACUAUCGGCUCGGUCCGCUCGGCUUUCUCAGCACCGAGGACGACGUGAUUCCGGGCAACUAUGGACUGAAAGAUCAGGUGACCGCUUUACGGUGGAUUCGUGAAAACAUUCAUACAUUCGGAGGUGAUCCUAAGACUGUAAGCUUGGUGGGAUAUUCGGCUGGUUCUGCUAGCGUACAUCUUCAUUAUCUAUCUCCCCUGUCGAGAGGACUGUUCAGUUCAGGCAUUGGACAUAGCGGAACCGCUCUAAAUCCUUGGACUAUGGCAGAACAAUCAACCGAAAAAGCUAAACAAAUUGGAGCACUUUUGAGUUGCCCAGCAAGAAAAACACAAGCUCUGCUAGACUGCCUAAGAAAGGUUCCUGCGCAAGACAUCGUGCGACAAGUGCCAAACUUUCUCGACUUCCUGUACAACCCGUUCUCGCCGUUCGGGGUAGUUGUGGAGAAAGAGGGCCCUCUCAAUCCUUCCCCAUUCCUUACCGAUACACCGCGUUCCCUAAUGAAGAGUGGAAAAAUCGCCAAAGCGCCACUGAUCAUGUCGGUUACACAGGCCGAAGGUCUUUAUCCAGGAGCUGAAUUCAUAAGCGAUCCUUCCUAUCUACAACAGAUCGAUUCCCGUUGGAAUGAGCUCCUGCCAAGCAUUCUUGACUAUAAAGCAGCCGUUCCGGAUCCUAUGGAGCGUGACCUUCUUUCGCAAACGAUUCGGAAUCGCUACUUCACACCAGAUGAACGAUUAACGCUGGCGAAUUUCCAUAAAUUAAUAAGGAUUAUUUCUAACCGACUCUAUUUUGCCGGGUUUACCGAGUCGAUCGAGCUCAUGCAGCCACACAUCAAGCUGUACUCAUACGUGGAUUAUUUCAAAAUUAAGUACGGCCUUGGUGAGAAGCUUUCGAGGCGCUCCGAAACCAGGAGCUUCGGUGUAUCCCAUGGUGAAGAUGUCGAUCUAAUAUUCCACAGCAUUGCUCGUGAAAAUUUGCCUUAUAGCAAGGCCGAGAGAGAAGUAACCGAACAUUUCGUAGCCAUGUACAGUCAGUUUGCGAAAGGAAGAAUGCCUCGCUUUGGCUCCAAUGUGAUACCUCUGCAAGAUACUCCGGACAGGAUCACGUACUUGAGGAUCGGUUAUCCUCGUUGCAGGGUGGUACGUGUUGAGAGUUUAAGUGAUGAAUCUUUUUGGAACAGUCUUGACUUUCAUGAUGCUCCAUACGAAUCAGUUUGAGGGAUCGCGAUCUUUGUUAGAAUAGCACGUCAGUGUCGAGUCAGUAUAUAGAAAAAGUAAAAUAAAAACCUAAAAGUCACAC